CUGGAACUAAAAAUAUUUUUGACUGACGUGUGUUUGACAAGAGGCCAUCGAAGAAGUAAAAAAAUUGCGGUAGUAGUAUUUAUUUUAUUAAACGCUGUUUAGUGAGCAUUUGGUUGGAUCAUCCGGUAAUCGGCAAUAUAUAAAAGUACAAAGAACUUGAUUCGUAAUAUUAGCAGAAAGAUCUACGAAAAGUGGGCGUCGAGGUCAAUGUGUUAGCAAAACGUUCCUACAAGAGAUCCAAGAGUGCGAUAGAAACUUUUUAGAAGUCAGUCUUGGAAACAGCAAGAAAGAACAUUUAGAAAGUGGCAGCUUACACGUAGCAUUUUUCUUUUUAUUUGUGGACUAAAUAAAAUUUAAACAACACCCGGUGGAGACACCUCUGCUGAGAGAUCAUCACAAUGGUAGUACCGCUGAAUGACAUGCUGCCUUUCGCCAGCGGUGAAAGAAAACUGGCAGCUUGCGUCUUGUUGUUGUUAUUAGAACUAUUUCUAGAAGGCGCCGACGCAGUGUCUAGUCAGGCUGACAUUGAAAACCAUCUGGAGCUGGGCAAAGAAUUUCUAGCGCGUGGACAACUCUCAGAUGCGCUUACACAUUACCAUGCCGCUGUUGAGGGUGAUCCUAGCAACUACUUGACGCUUUUCAAGCGUGGCACUGUUUUUUUGGCGCUGGGCAAGGCGCGUUUCGCCAUUCAAGAUUUUACACGUGUACUGGAACUUAAGCCAGAUUUCACAGCGGCACGAAUGCAACGCGGUAUUGUGCAUUUAAAGAGUGGAGAGUUCGAGUUAGCCGCGGAAGACUUCGAGCUUGUGUUACAAGAAGAUCCAUACAAUGGGAGCGCUAAUGAGUAUUAUAGACGCAUUGAUGCUGCUAUUGAGCAAUGGGAAUUAGUAAAAGAUCUCAAAUAUCGUGGCGACUCACGCAACAUUAUUCCUAUGAUUACACAACUGCUCGAGAUCUCCCCAUGGUCUAUUAAGUUGCGACAGGGGCGCGCCGAUGCUUACAUUGCCAUAAAUGAACUACCCCCUGCCAUUUCCGAUCUCCGUUCAGUGAAUAAACUCUCACAGGACAGCACAGAAGGUUAUUAUCGUAUAGCAUUGCUAUUGUACAAAAUGGGACAGGCUACAAAUGCACUCAAAGAGAUUCGUGAGUGUCUGCAUCUUGACCCCGAACAUAAAGACUGCUUCCCCCUCUACAAAAAGCUGCGAAAAGUGGAAAAGAACUUGUCGAAUGCCGAAAACGCACGUGAGGAAAAAAAUCAUGAGGAUUGUAUAUCUUAUGCUGAGUCUGCGUUAAAGCAAGAGAAGGAGGAGAAAAUGAUCAUAUACGAAGCUAAACGACUGCUGUGCGCCUGUUAUACACGUGACGAACAGUUUGCUAAAGCUUUGAGUCACUGCAAAGAAGCACUCGAAAUAUUGAGCGACCCGCAAUUAUAUUGUGAACGCGCUGAUGCCUACAUAGGCUCAGAGAUGUACGAUGAUGCCAUACAUGAUUAUCAGAAAGCGUUGGAAAUGGACGAGAGUUUACAGCGCGCUAAAGAGGGUAUUGAAAAAGCGAAAAGACUGCAAAAACAAGCGGAACGACGGGAUUAUUACAAAAUUCUUGGGGUAAAACGAAACGCAAAUAAGCAAGAAAUUAUCAAAGCUUACCGCAAAGCAGCCCAAAAAUGGCAUCCAGAUAAUUUCAAAGAUGAUGAAAAGAAGAUUGCUGAAAAGAAGUUCAUCGAUAUUGCGGCAGCCAAAGAAGUGCUGACCGACCCCGAGAAACGAAAACAGUUCGAUAUGGGUCAAGACCCGCUCGAUCCCGAGGCAAAUCAACAAGGGGGCUUCCGUGGCGGUAGUCCAUUUGCGCACUUCCAUCACGGGUCACCGUUCCAAUUCAAAUUCCACUUCAACUAGAUGUACCAUUAUCCUCAGGCAAAAACCAUAGGCAAACAUACAUUAGCACAUACCUAGCCUAAGUCGAUUUGUUGUUAGGUCUUUUCUAUUUUAGAAUAUAAGCGUGUAUAGAACGUGCAUUGCUACUGUUGCCAUGCGAUUAUGCAAGCGCUAACCGUGCAUUAUUUGCAUGCAGUCGCUAUUGUAGGUAUGUUAUUUUUUUGUUUAAUUUAAUGCAUAGCAGAAAUAUAAUAUUUACAAAACUAGCAACCGAUAUGUAGGUAUGUAAUUGGUUUGAGGCGCCCUAUUGGUAAAGUUAGCUCUUAAUUCUAAAUGCUGUAACACAUUAAACGCUCAAAAGACUAUUUGCGUACGCACCUGACUUAUUUGCUUACUAAUCUUAAAGUUUUUUCACGUUACAUCGCGGCGCUUAAACUGAAUACAAUCUGAAUGAAAUAUUUUUCGUAUAAUUUCAAGUAAAUUUAUUUGUAAAUAGUAGGCUAAAUUAAUCAAUAAACUUGUUCUAUUUCUAUUUUUUAUGUUAAAAAGGAAAUAUGUAUGUAUUUAUUUAAGUAACCGUACUAAAUUGGAAAGCUAAAUAAAGCAUUUUAAUGUUAUGAAAAUAAAAUGAAGAAUGUUUAUUACAU